AUGAACCGCUCACCGGUCCCCUCGUCCUUUGACGAAAACCCUCAGUUCAAGGAGGAGAGUGGUGCACAGAAAUUCACCAGACGUCUCAAGGAAGAGCCAUUGAUUCCGCUAGGAUGCGCGGCCACCUGUUAUGCCCUCUACCGUGCCUACCGAUCGAUGCGAGCCGGGGACUCUGCCGAGAUGAACCGCAUGUUCCGCGCCCGUAUCUACGCGCAGGCAUUUACGCUCGUUGCCGUCGUCGCCGGUGGAAUGUACUUCAAGACCGAGCGCCAACAACGUCGUGAGUUUGAACAGGCGGUUGAGGAGCGCAAAGCACAAGAAAAGCGGGAUGCAUGGCUUCGCGAGCUAGAGAUCCGUGACAAGGAGGAUCGGGAAUGGCGUGAGCGUCACGCGGCCAUCGAGGCGGCGGCCAAGGAAGCUGGUCAGAGGCCCUCUUCCAGCGAGCCCGACGCUGCUCGAUCAGCGAUCGAGCCGGCGGAUGAAAAGUCAAUCGGCGUGAUGGAUGCCGUGCGGGCGUUGCUCUCCAAGAGAGCUUGA